AUGUCCCACGCUUCCAAGAAUCGACUGUCACAGUACUCGACGGGAUCCGUCCCGUCGCGGUCGCGGCCCGCCUCUUACCUAUAUCCCAUCUUCCACUCCAGCCUUUCUUACACUACCGUACGAGAUUUCGCUUAUCCGCCCACACAUCUCAUGCACUAUGGCCCCCCGCCGGAGCCCUCGAGACCACCCUCCGGCAUGACCACCCCCGCUAGCGAGACGAGACGACUGUCGGACCCGCCUGCCUCGUGGGAAAGUAAGAUGGGAUGGGACUGGACUUCGGACGGCGGUCUUGGAAAGGGUGGCGAGCUAGCCCCGAUUCAUUUUGGCGACGGUCCACCUUGGAGCGAGGACGAAGAUCUGCAGAGCCCUGUCGUCAGCUCGCGGCAUAGGAAGCACAAGUCGACGUCGGCGGUCACAGGGCAUCAUAAGGCACGAAGUUCGAGGGACGGCGGCGCGUCAUCGAUAUUAAGCACGAGUAACUUGGAUGUGGAGAGAGGAUAUUACGUAGGGACGAGCGGUGACGGGAGCGAAAGGUAUUACGUGAGUCAGGGUGGGGAGGCGAACGGUCCUGGAGGAGAAUUUGUAACAUAUCCGCCUGAGCAAGCAAGACAUUCUGUCAACGCAUAUCAAACAUCGUCAGAUCAGCGGCCACGGAAUUAUGCCGAGAACGAGGCAGGGUAUCGGUCAGGAUCGGACGCCUCGAGUGCCGCUUCGUCCCCGGGAUAUCGUCCGUACGACGAAUCGAGAUAUUCGAGAGAUUACCAAUUUACCAUCACCUCGCCAGACGAGGAGAUGCACGGCAAGGCCGUCGCAUUAUUUGAUUUCGAGAGGGAGAAUGAGAAUGAGUUGCCUUUAGUAGAAGGUCAGAUCAUCUGGGUAUCGUAUAGGCACGGCCAGGGUUGGCUUGUGGCAGAAGACCCUAAGACUCAGGAAAGCGGUCUGGUGCCCGAAGAAUACGUUCGCCUACUUCGCGACAUAGAAGGCGGCAUGACAAGCUUGACAGGCCAGCUCGACGGACCGGCGACUCCGAACGACGCAGGUACACCGACGCAGGCCGAACAUAGCGGGCAUGCGAUACUGCCUCAAGCCACACACGCCCCGCAGCCCGGUCACGUCUCGACGGGGAGUAAUUCGACAAACGGCUACCAUCAACCUGUCGUCUCGACAUUCUCGACCUCCAGUAAGGACUUGGAUCCGUAUCCGCAGCAUCUCCUAGGUCAGCACGGACAGCCGCCUCCGCAAGUCGUACAUUACCACGGCCAGCGUGGGGGCAGCCAGGCUAAUACACCCACGGCCCAGAAUUCGUUCGGCGAUACCCCGCUAGGUCGUAGUAGCCAGGAAGGCAAACGCAGCAGCUCGACGUCUAGGAAAUCUCAAGGCCUCGACGUUUUACCCCACUCAAAGAUGAAGUCGGCGGCUCACGAGUCCCCUCUAGACAACGAGGACCAACAGACCGCUCAAAAGCAGUGA